AUGAGCGGUAACACGGCCAUCUCGUCGAAGUGGACGCAGUACACAAUCACCCACCGGCACGAGAAGCGCGCCGAGCUGGUCUGCGAAACGUGCCACUCCAAGAAAAUCAAGUGUGACCUGCAGGGGCGACGAAGGAGCGGUAUCAACGACUGUUCGUUCUGCAGCCGCUCUGGACGAGACUGCCAGCCACGCGUGCCCAAGCGUCGACCACGCCGGCCGGCAGCAGCCAGUGGAAGCGCUCACAAGGCCAGCAACUCGACAGACGUCGCCGCAGACGUCUCUACCACGUCAGGAGCAUCAGAGAUCUUGCCCAUCACGCCUCGCAGCCAUGACGAGGCAGCAAAGCUUUCGGCAGGCUCCGAGACCGACUCGUUCGCGAUGAUGAGAGGCGACCAGAGAUAUGGCUCCGAGCAAGCCACGGCACGAAAUCGAUCCUGGUCGUCAGUAAGUCAUUCUAGGCCUGACCAAAAUGUACUGCAAUUGCCACCGAACGGGUAUCAGCUUGAGGCCACUCAGUCAAAUGAAGGUCGACAAGUGGUUCGGAGUGCGGACUCGAUAGAGGUACACAAAGGGGAUGUUGACACCGGUUUCGUACAAGUCUAUGGCAGAGAGCUCUUGGAAGAUGCCGAAAGUCAAGCGCUCAAGGCGUUCCCUAGAAGAUCCUCAGCCAAACCCGAUCUGCAGGUGUCUGAGGAGUUACUCAAUAUCUUUGCGGACACGUACUUCGACGACUGCUACGCUUGGUGUCCUGUGCUGGACCGCGAAUCCCUCCAUCAAGAUCUGGCGCGAUCUCCAAUGCUGCAGAAUGCCCUAGCUUUGCUAGGUAGCCAUGUAAGACCACCGAUACUGCCUCACGAAGGUCCGGCUGUCCAUUACGACCGAGCUAGGAGAAUGUUCUACGAGGACGAGGAGCCCGACAAUCUCACUUGCUUACGAGGCAUAUUGCUUUUCAACUGGUACGCCCCUCGAUCCACUGCCAUGGUUCACCGGCACUCUUCGUGGUGGUGGACGAGCAUUGUGAUCCGUCAGGCGCAGCAGAUGGCCAUACACCGUGCUGCUGAUUCGCCUCACUUCAACACAGCAAUCAAUAAGAUUGGGCGAAGAGUAUGGUGGACGGCAUUUGCACGUGAGCGUCUAACAGCACUGUGCCAAAGUAAGCCUCCGAUCAUUGAUCCAAAUGAUUGCAGCGUACCAGACCCUUCCCUCGACGACUUUCCCCUGGAAGCAAGAAACGAAACAAAGCCGAUCAUAUUCAUCCACUGGGUCCAAAUAUGUGCUAUAAUAGGCAGAGUCGCACAUAUGCUCUCUCAUCCAACAACCUCCAACCCUAGCAACGUGGCCGAUCAACUCAAAGGAUGGGUAGGGUCUCUGCCUAUCCAAGCCCGUAUCUCUUUGGCCACACGAUACGUGUCCAACUUUGACAAGGACGCCUACCAGCUACACAUUCCAUACCUGAUCGCCAUCAUCGUCUUGCAUCUCAGACGUAUUCGAGAGCCUGGUGCUUUACCACUUGCGUUGCCACCGGCCAUCUUCGCUGCAUCCUGCCUGGCUCGCAUCUUCAAGGGCUUUCUCGCGAAAGGAGAUACACGUUUCUUGAUGCCAAUAACCAGCUGGUAUUGUGGCGUCUCCUAUAUUACCUUGCUUGCAGCAAGCAAGGACCCGAGCUUGAAGGAAGCUGUACAAGCCGACAUGGAGAUCAUUGUCUUGAUGUGCGAUCAGCUGCGGAAGAUGUGGGCAUCCGCGAAUAUAAUCUAUCUCGGAUUCGAACGCCUUCGGGCUAUGGCAGAGAACGAUACGCCCGGAGGAAACGAUACCUGGUUCAAGCAGCCUCGACUGGAUCGAUUACUUUCCAUUUGCUGCCAAUGA